UUACCUGGGCCCUGGCCCCGCCGCCGCCACCUCCUCCACUGAACUUGUAUAAACUUUUAUUUAGAAGUACAACUUCCCCGCCCCUGCGCAUGGCAUCCUGCAAACGUAGAAAGGGCGGAGCGUUCGGUGCCCGCUUAAUUUGCAUGUGACGUUCCCAGCAUGCCCGUGGCAGGAAGGCCUGAAAAGGGCAUGGGGUGGGGGACGUCCGGACUUUCGGUGCCGCCUCUUUGGCUCUGGAGUCUUGUCACCCGACUGACAAGAAAGUUGUCUUUAUUUCAAGAAAUCGGUAGAAAAGAAAACCCUGCCGCUGUAAAACUGAGCUGACGAGGAGAGUGUGCAGCUGCGAGUUCGAGAGCUACCGGACCCUAAAGGCAGGGUCCAGCACCCUACGCGCCCCGACCUUUUACGUAGGUAUCAUGGAAGAACCGAGGAGUUGGUGGCGGCCGCGAGUGAGGAACGGGAGAAAGGAUGGGCCUCUCCUGAAAGUGGAGCCAGGAGGGAAAACAAUGAAGCAAUGUCCGGCGCUGGAGAAAAUCUUUAAACAAGUAGCAGGGAGCCGUCUACACUGCCCUACCAUGGGAACCCAAAAGCCGCGAAUUCUGCCCUGGUUGGUGUCACAGCUGGACCUGGGGCACCUGGAGGGCGUGGCCUGGCUGGACGGGAGCCGCAGGCGCUUCCGCAUCCCUUGGAAGCACGGCUUGCGGCAGGAUGCCCAGCAGGAGGACUUCGGCAUCUUCCAGGCCUGGGCCGAGGCCAGUGGUGCCUAUACCCCUGGGAAGGAUAAGCCGGAUCUGCCAACCUGGAAGAGGAAUUUCCGGUCUGCCUUGAACCGGAAGGAAGUGUUGCGUUUAGCAGAGGACCGGAGCAAGGACCCCCAUGACCCGCACAAGAUCUACGAGUUUGUGACAGGAGUUGGCUACUUUCCUGAGUUGGAUACCUCUCCAGACACCAACAGCAGAUGCAGUGCCUCUGAUACCCAGGAAGACAUUCUGGAGGAGUUACUGAGUGACUUGGUCUUGGUCCCAUGCCCAGAUGGGGGGUUCUCAAGCCUGGCGGUAGCCCCUGAACACCCCCCCCAGUUCUUACCGACCCCUGGCUUGGACAGCCCUGUUCCCUGCCCAAACUUGGAAUCCCCUGAAAACCCACUGAAACGGCUGCUGGUGCCUGAGGAAGACUGGGAGUUUGAGGUGACUGCCUUCUACCGGGGCCGCCAAGUCUUCCAGCAGACUGUCUUCUGCCCAAGGGGCCUGCGGCUAGUGGGGCCAGAAGCAGGGGACAGCGCACUCCCAGGGCAGCCAAUAAGACUGCCAGACCCUGGGGUGUCCCUGACAGACAGGGCCGUGAUGGGCUACGUGAGGCGUGUGCUGAGCUCCCUGGGCGGAGGACUAGCUCUGGGGAGGGCGGGGCAGCAGCUCUGGGCCCAGAGGCUGGGGCACUGCCACACAUACUGGGCCGUGGGCGAGGAGCUACUCCCGGACAGCGGUCAUGGGCCCAACGGCGAAGUCCCCAAGGACGAGCAAGGAGCCGUGUUCGACCUGAAGCCCUUCGUGUCAGGACUCUCUGCAGCAGUGGAGAUGGCCUGCAUCUGCCCUGUCCAUUAUGGUAGCCACCAGCCACAGGUGGCUAUGCAGUACUUAGGUGAGGGAAUAGAGCUGAGUUUUAAGUUUUGGUUUUCAUGAGUUACAAUUUAAAUAGCUACAACUAAUGGCUGGCUACAUAUCAGAAAGCCUAGCCUUCUUCUGGGGUUAAAGAGCAACUCGUACUCCACAGUCACAGGGGGAGUGACUCCCUGCCCAGGCCUGCUUCUUCCUCCCAAAUGCUGAGGCUCGGGUCAGGACAGAGCUUGCAGCCCCACUCCGGUGGGAGGGAGGAGGAGCAUUUAAGUCUGGGCCAGAACUGUGGGGACAUUCCCCAGGUCUCUAGCCCCUGGUGAUGGUGGCAGAGGUGCACAUGCCAGAGGAGCAGGUGAAGAUCCUACUCCAGUGGGUGGGAGAGGGCACGCACAGGGCUGCUUCCCACUCCUGAUGAGGCUUCUGGGC